AUGUAUUUUGAUGCAAAUGGUGACCCACCACCAAAGUAUGACAUCCUUAACUUUGCCAUAUUCCCUGAUGGAACCAGCAAAUACUUUCAAGUGGGUACAUACGAGUAUAAAGCCAAUGGAAAGCCAGAGCUCAUCAUCAAUGUGGGAGACAUUUUGUGGAAUGAACGAUUCAGUCAGGUACCACGUUCUGUCUGCUGCGAAAGCUGUCAACCUGGAUACCAAAAGGUUUCUCGUCGAGGACAGCCCCUCUGUUGCUUUGACUGCUUAGCCUGUUCUAAAGGAGAAAUCUCCAACCAAAGUGAUGCUCUGAGCUGCCUGAAAUGUCCAGAGGAUUUCUGGUCUAAUGACAGACGAAACAUCUGCAUUCCGAAAAUCCUGGACUUCCUGUCCUACGAAGAAUCACUUGGAGCUUCACUAUGUUUUUGUUCAAGUAUCCUGAGUUUCUUGACAGCUACCAUUCUCAGUAUAUUCAUUAAGUUCAGGGACACUCCAAUAGUAAAGGCUAAUAACCGUGAGCUCAGCUACUUUCUGUUGCUGGCCCUUACACUCUGCUUCCUCUGUUCCCUACUUUUUAUCGGUCGUCCCAUGAAACUGAACUGCAUGUUUCGUCAAGUGGUGUUUGGUUUGAUAUUCUCCCUUUGUGUGUCUUGCAUUUUAGCUAAAACUGUAACUGUGGUGAUUGCCUUUAGUGCCACAAGGCCAGACAGCAGGUUGAAGAACUGGGUAGGAUCCAAAGUUUCCUCUUCCAUUGUCAUUAUUGGAUCACUGGUUCAGGUGAUCAUAUGUACAGUUUGGCUGAUUGCAUCUGCACCAUUCCCAGAACUCAACAAGACCUUAGAAGACGGAAAGAUAAUUGCUCAGUGCAAUGAGAGCUCCAUAUUUGCCUACUGGAUCAUGCUAGGAUACUUGGGCUUACUAGCUGUUAUCUCCUUUGUGGUUGCCUUUUUAGCUAGGAACUUACCUGGAAGCUUUAAUGAGGCCAAGUACAUUACUUUUAGCAUGCUUGUGUUUGUCAGUGUGUGGAUCUCAUUUAUCCCUGCAUACCUGAGCACCAAAGGGAAGUACAUGGUGGCGGUGGAGAUUUUCGCCAUCUUGGCUUCUAGUGCUGGAAUGCUCAGCUGUAUAUUCUUACCCAAGUGCUAUAUCAUAAUAUUGAAGCCAGAAUUGAACACCAGGGGUUAUAUGGUAGGGAAAAAUGACACAAAACUAUAG